AAAUAAAAAAAAUUCGAAAAUAAAUUUAACUAUAAACACCCUAGACUUAAUACCAACCAUUGUUAAAUUUACCCGAUUAUCCAACAAAUAGUACUUUAAAAAUUUCUGCCAAGUUGGUUUAUCGAAUAUUUUCCCUUAAAAUCUAUGUAUAUUUCUACAUGAGAUCUUUUCUUCUUGUUCAUGUUUCUCUCUCUUUGUUUCGCAGAGAGAGAAAAGAGGGACAACACCUACCAUUCUUAAAACAGUGUUUACCAGCCAAAAGAAAAAGCCUCUGUAAAACAAACAGAGCUACUAAUGCAUAGUUGAACUCAAGUAGCUUUACUGUCGGAAAAUUUGAUGAAUUUUUUGUUUGUAAGAACAAUUACAUGAGGAUUCAAAAACUGGGUCUUAACCUAAAUGGAACAAUCUUUACCAAAACAACCCCAAGGGGUCAUCAUCGCCAUUGACGUUGUUGAUGAAGGAACAGAGCAACAAGAAGGAAACCUGACAGGUAACGAGGAACAAGAAGAUAGCAGCCGUCACGGUUCUUCUUCUUCUCUGGAACUGGAUCUUGAGUCUGGGGUAGUGUCUGAAACCAAGUCACAUUUAGCAAAAGAACUGGAAAGAGAUUGCAGGAUUUGUCAUCUCACUUUGGACCCGACCAACCUUGAAUCUGGUGUUCCUAUUAAGUUAGGUUGUUCUUGUAAGGAUGAUUUGGCUGCUGCUCAUAAACAUUGUGCUGAAGCUUGGUUCAAAAUCAAAGGAAACAGAACUUGUGAGAUUUGCGGAUCAACAGCUCAGAAUGUUGUUGAUGCUGCAAACGAAACCGACACAAUGGAGCCAUGGAACGAACCGAAUGAUUCUGCAACAACAGCAGCAACAACAGCUCCUGUUUCCAUUCAUGGUGCGGAAACCCGAAACUUUUGGCAAGGUCAUCGGUUUCUCAAUUUCCUGUUAGCCUGUAUGGUUUUCGCCUUUGUUAUCUCUUGGCUCUUUCGGUUCAAUGUACCAUCUUGAAAUGCUUUGUAUCCAAGCUUGCGGCACCUGUGUACGAUACGAUGAUCAAGAUGGUGCCUUGACGAGCCUCUCGAUUUUACGAUCGAGCUCCAUUUUCGGGUACUCACGAUAGUUAAAGCCGUAAGUAUGAUGUUUAUAUUAGUAUCCUCAAGAUUGAAUGAAGUGUGUAAGUUAUGGUUUUUGCUGGGUUUAAAUUCACACAAGCAAGGUUAUCAAACGCUUUGUAGUUUAUAUUUUGCAUAUUGAAGCUUGUUUACAACAAA